UUUAAAAACAGAUCUCGAAUAUAGCAAUGAAAAACCGGAGUAAUGUUAAAAAAAAAGCAGAAGCAAAGCAGGAGAAGAAAAGCGUGGGAAUUGUCUGAAAUCUCCUCCCCACCUGUAUCAUAUGACGGGGAAACAACCUGUCAAUUGGUGAAUUGAUUUUACAAUACACUGUUUGGUUAUGAUUGGGAGUUGAAGCUUAAGCCCUAGACUAGAUUUGUUUAAAAUGAAAGCGGGGAGUGCCGCUAAGCUCAUCGUUGAUGCUCUUCUCCAACGCUUCCUUCCACUUGCUCGUCGUCGUAUCGAAACUGCUCAAGCUCAGGAUGGACAGUAUCUUCGGCCAUCUGAUCCAGCGUACGAGCAGGUAUUGGAUUCCUUGGCUAUGGUGGCACGACAUACUCCCGUGCCUCUACUUGAAGCUCUUUUAAGAUGGAGAGAAAGUGAAUCACCGAAGGGGGCAAAUGAUGCAUCUACAUUCCAGCGGAAGCUUGCAGUGGAGUGCAUUUUUUGCUCAGCAUGUAUCCGCUUUGUAGAGUGUUGCCCUCAAGAGGGGCUUACAGAGAAGCUAUGGAAUGGACUAGAAAAUUUUGUCUUCGACUGGCUGAUCAAUGCUGAUCGGGUUGUCAGUCAAAUUGAUUAUCCUUCCCUUGUAGAUUUACGCAGUCUUCUUCUCGAUCUAGUAGCUCAACUUUUAGGGGCGCUGUCUCGGAUCAGAUUUAGUUCUGUUACUGAGCGUUUUUUCAUGGAACUCAAUACUCGUCGAAUUGAUACAAGUGGUGCUAGGGGGGAGACUCUUAGCAUCAUUAAUGGGAUGCGUUACUUGAAGCUUGGGGUUAAGACUGAGGGUGGAUUGAAUGCAUCAGCGUCAUUUGUGGCUAAAGCGAACCCUCUUAAUCGUGCUCCUCAUAAGCGAAAGAGUGAACUACACCAUGCACUUUGCAAUAUGCUUUCAAAUAUUCUAGCACCACUUGCAGAUGGUGGAAAGGGCCAAUGGCCUCCUUCGGGUGUUGAACCAGCACUUACCCUAUGGUAUGAAGCCAUUGCGAGAAUAAGAGUGCAACUUAUGCAUUGGAUGGACAAGCAAAGCAAACAUAUUGCUGUUGGUUACCCGCUUGUGACUCUUCUUCUUUGUCUUGGCGACCCAAAAGUUUUCCUCAAUAACUUUGGCUCUCACAUGGAGCAGCUGUACAAGCACCUUCGUGACAAGAACCAGCGGUUCAUGGCGUUGGAUUGUCUUCAUCGUGUUCUUAGGUUUUAUCUGAGUGUUCACGGGGACUCACAGCCUCCAAAUCGAGUAUGGGACUACCUGGACAGUGUGACUGCGCAGCUCCUAACAAUUCUGAGGAAAGGAAUGCUUACCCAGGAUGUCCAACAUGACAAACUUGUAGAAUUCUGUGUGACUAUAGCAGAACAUAACCUUGAUUUUGCCAUGAAUCAUACAAUACUGGAAUUACUCAAGCAAGAUAGUCCAAGUGAAGCGAAGGUUAUUGGUCUCCGUUCUCUGCUUUCAAUUGCUAUGUCUCCUACCAGCCAGCACGUUGGUCUGGAAAUUCUUCAUGUUCAUAACAUCGGUCACUACAUUCCAAAGGUGAAGGCUGCUAUUGAGGCUAUUUUAAGGUCAUGUCAUCGAACCUACAGUCAGGCUCUUCUUACCUCAUCAAGGACAACCAUAGAUGCUGUUACAAAAGAGAAAUCUCAGGGUUAUCUUUUUCGAUCAGUUUUAAAGUGCAUUCCGUAUCUGAUAGAAGAAGUUGGGCGAAGUGAUAAGAUCUCUGAAAUAAUACCUCAGCAUGGUAUUAGUAUUGAUCCUGGUGUCCGUGAAGAAGCAGUUCAAGUACUUAAUCGUAUUGUGAGAUAUCUUCCUCAUCGCCGCUUUGCAGUUAUGAAAGGAAUGGCGAACUUCAUUUUACGCCUUCCUGAUGAGUUCCCUCUUCUCAUUCAAACAUCAUUGGGGCGCUUACUGGAACUUAUGCGUUUCUGGAGAGCUUGUCAAGCUGAUGAUAAAUUACACCAUGAUGAUAAGAUUACGAAGCGUGUGCAGAGGAAUGAAGGGUUCAAGAAAUCUUCUUUCUAUCAAUCUGGAGAAGCAAUUGAAUUUCGGUCCUCGGAGAUAGAUGCAGUUGGCCUUAUUUUUCUUGGUUCUGUAGAUAGCCAGAUCAGACAUACAGCAUUGGAGUUACUCCGCUGUGUUCGGGCUCUGCGCAAUGAUAUUCGGGAGAUUGCACUGCUUGAUCGCCCAGAUCAUCUGAAAAAUGAAGCUGAGCCAAUUUUUAUAAUUGAUGUUUUGGAAGAGAAUGGGGAUGACAUAGUUCAAAGCUGCUAUUGGGAUUCUGGCCGUCCAUUUGAUUUGAGACGUGAAUCUGAUUCUGUACCUCAAGAUGUGACCCUUCAGUCUAUACUCUUUGAAAGCCCUGAUAAAAAUCGAUGGGCACGUUGUCUUAGUGAGCUUGUCAAGUAUGCCGCUGAGCUGUGCCCAAGCUCUGUUCAGGAGGCAAAGCUAGAGGUAAUCCAGCGUCUUGCUCAUAUCACACCUGUUGAGUUGGGUGGAAAAGCUCAUCAGACACAGGAUGCAGACAACAAACUAGACCAAUGGCUUAUGUAUGCAAUAUUUGCAUGUUCUUGUCCAACUGAUAUUAGGGAAGGUGGCGGAUUAGCAGCUACUAGAGAACUUUUUCAUCUCAUCUUUCCUUCACUAAAAUCUGGUUCAGAAACACACGUACAUGCUGCCACUAUGGCUCUUGGCCAUUCACAUUUAGAAGUGUGUGAAAUAAUGUUCAGCGAGCUUGCAUCUUUCAUCGAUGAAGUCUCUUUAGAAACUGAGGGAAAAGCAAAGUGGAAGAAUCAGAAGUCCCGCCGUGAAGAACUUCGAAUCCACAUCGCAAAUAUAUACCGUGUUGUUGCAGAAAAAAUUUGGCCUGGCAUGCUAGGCCGAAAGCCAGUUUUCCGCCUCCAUUAUCUAAAGUUUAUUGAAGAAACAACUAGACAGAUCUUAACAGCACCAAACGAGAACUUCCAGGAAACCCAACCCCUUCGUUAUGCUCUUGCUUCUGUUUUAAGAUCACUAGCCCCCGAAUUUGUGGAGUCAAAAUCAGAAAAAUUUGAUCUUAGAACAAGAAAGCGAUUGUUUGAUCUUCUUCUCUCCUGGUGUGAUGACACAGGUAAUACAUGGAGUCAGGACGGUGUCAGUGAUUACCGGCGUGAGGUUGAACGAUAUAAAUCUACACAGCAUGUUCGUUCAAAAGAUUCUGUUGAUAAACUUUCAUUUGAUAAAGAAAUCAGUGAACAAGUCGAGGCUAUUCAGUGGGCUUCCAUGAAUGCCAUGGCUUCCCUGUUAUAUGGCCCUUGCUUUGAUGACAAUGCCAGAAAAAUGAGUGGCAGGGUAAUAUCUUGGAUUAAUAGUCUUUUUAUUGAGCCUGCCCCUCGGGCUCCAUUUGGUUAUUCACCCGCCGAUCCAAGAACACCAUCAUAUUCCAAAUAUACAGGAGAAGGUGGACGAGGAGCAACUGGACGUGAUCGGCAUAGAGGUGGGCAUUUGCGUGUGGCCCUUGCAAAAACGGCUUUAAAGAAUCUUCUACUAACAAAUUUGGACCUGUUUCCUGCUUGCAUUGAUCAGUGCUACUACUCUGAUGCUGCUAUAGCUGAUGGAUACUUCAGUGUCUUGGCCGAAGUCUACAUGCGUCAAGAGAUACCGAAGUGUGAAAUUCAGAGGCUGUUGAGCCUGAUCCUCUACAAAGUGGUGGAUCCAUCUAGACAAAUUCGUGAUGAUGCCCUUCAGAUGCUUGAAACGCUUUCCGACCGGGAAUGGGCUGGGGAGGGCAUCGAGGGUUCGGGAAGUUAUCGAGCUGCUGUUGUUGGUAACCUUCCUGACUCGUACCAACAGUUCCAAUACAAACUUUCAUGCAAACUCGCAAAAGAUCAUCCUGAUCUGAGCCAGCUUCUUUGUGAGGAGAUCAUGCAAAGACAACUUGAUGCUGUUGAUAUAAUUGCACAGCAUCAAGUUUUAACAUGCAUGGCUCCCUGGAUCGAAAAUCUCAAUUUUUGGAAACUCAAGGACUCCGGAUGGAGUGAAAGGUUAUUGAAAAGCCUUUACUAUGUGACAUGGCGACAUGGUGACCAGUUUCCUGAUGAAAUUGAGAAGCUUUGGAGCACUAUUGCUAGCAAGCCCAGGAACAUUAGUCCAGUUCUCGAUUUUUUAAUCACCAAAGGAAUUGAAGAUUGUGAUUCAAAUGCAUCUGCAGAAAUUAGUGGGGCAUUUGCAACAUACUUUUCUGUUGCAAAACGAGUAAGCUUAUAUCUAGCUCGAAUAUGUCCACAACGCACCAUUGAUCACUUGGUUUACCAGUUAGCUCAGCGAAUGUUAGAGGACAGUGUCGAACCACUCAGACCCAGCGUAAGCAAGGGUGAUCCAGGUGCAAAUUUUGUAUUAGAGUUCUCUCAUGGGCCUGCAGUGACCCAGAUUGCAUCUGUUGUGGACAUCCAGCCUCACAUGUCACCCUUGCUUGUUCGAGGAUCUCUAGAUGGUCCCCUUAGGAAUACCAGUGGCAGCUUAAGCUGGAGAACAGCAGCCGUUGGAGGUCGAAGUGCUUCAGGUCCAUUGAGUCCAAUGCCUCCGGAGUUGAACAUUGUUCCUGUAACUGCAGGCCGAUCCGGCCAACUACUUCCUUCCUUGGUAAACAUGUCAGGACCCUUGAUGGGGGUCCGAAGUUCAACAGGGAGCUUGCGCAGCCGCCAUGUGUCUCGAGACAGUGGAGACUACAUUAUAGACACUCCAAAUUCCGGAGAAGAUGGUUUACAUACUGGCCUUGGGCUGCAUGGUAUCAGUGCUAAAGAACUUCAAUCAGCCUUACAAGGGCAUCAACAGCAUUCACUGACUCAUGCAGAUAUAGCAUUAAUUCUACUUGCCGAAAUUGCAUAUGAAAAUGAUGAAGAUUUCCGCGAGCACCUACCCUUGCUUUUUCAUGUCACAUUUGUCUCAAUGGACAGCUCUGAAGAUAUUGUACUGGAGCACUGCCAGCACCUACUUGUUAAUUUGCUGUAUUCUCUGGCUGGACGUCACCUGGAGUUGUAUGAGGUUGAGAAUAUCGAUGGGGAGAACAAGCAACAGGUUGUUAGUCUGAUCAAGUAUGUGCAGUCAAAGCGAGGGAGCAUGAUGUGGGAGAAUGAGGAUCCCACAGUUGUGAGGACUGAACUUCCAAGUGCAGCCCUUUUGUCAGCUCUUGUACAGAGUAUGGUAGAUGCUAUCUUCUUCCAAGGAGACCUUCGAGAGACUUGGGGACAAGAGGCACUCAAGUGGGCUAUGGAGUGCACAUCAAGACACCUUGCAUGCCGCUCACACCAAAUUUACCGUGCAUUGAGGCCUCAUGUCACAAGCGAUGCAUCAGUAUCGCUCCUCCGCUGUAUCCACAGAUGUUUGGGAAAUCCUGUGCCAGCAGUUUUAGGAUUCAUCAUGGAAAUUUUGUUGACUUUACAAGUAAUGGUAGAGAAUAUGGAGCCUGAAAAAGUGAUCCUCUACCCACAGCUAUUUUGGGGAUGUGUAGCUAUGAUGCAUACAGACUUUGUUCACGUUUACUGCCAGGCGCUGGAGUUGUUCUCUCGUGUAAUUGAUCGUCUAUCAUUUCGUGACCGAACAACAGAAAAUGUACUCUUAUCUAGCAUGCCGCGUGAUGAGCUCGAUACCAGUGUUUCUGACACCAGUGAUUUUCAAAGGGAUUUAAGAAAUACUCGUGAAUCAACAUCAUCAAGUGGGAAGGUUCCAGCCUUUGAAGGAGUGCAGCCACUUGUUCUUAAGGGACUAAUGUCAACAGCAAGUCAUGGUGUCUCUAUUGAGGUCCUUUCACGGAUCACAGUUCACUCUUGCGAUUCAAUAUUUGGGGACGCAGAAACACGACUCUUAAUGCACAUCACAGGUUUGCUUCCCUGGCUGUGCUUGCAGCUAAACCAGGAAGCAGUGGUGGGCAUUGCUUCACCACUCCUACAACAGCAUCAAAAGGCCUUCUCUGUUGCAACCAAUAUUGCAAUUUGGUGUCGAGCACGGUCAAUGGAUGAACUAGCCACUGUUUUUAUGGCAUACUCUGGUGGUGAGAUAAAGAGUAUAGAUAACCUACUUUCUUGUGUAUCACCACUAUUAUGCAAUGAAUGGUUCCCAAGACAUUCGGCAUUGGCAUUUGGUCAUCUGCUACGGCUCCUAGAGAGAGGACCUGUUGAAUACCAGCGUGUGAUACUUCUUAUACUAAAAGCAUUGCUCCAGCACACUCCCAUGGAUGCUGCUCAAAGCCCACAUAUGUAUGCAAUUGUGUCUCAGCUAGUUGAAAGCACCUUAUGCUGGGAGGCACUUAGUGUACUGGAAGCCCUUCUGCAGAGCUGCAGUUCAUUGCCAGGCUCUCAUCCACAUGAUCCUGCUUCAUUUGAAAACGGGCUUAGUGGGGCAGAUGAGAAGAUGCUCGCUCCACAGACCUCGUUCAAGGCUCGAAGCGGGCCCUUACAGUAUGCAAUGGGACUAGGGUUUGGGACGGGCUCCACGCCCACUGCUCAAGGCAGCGCAACGGAAUCCGGGAUUUUGCCGAGAGAGUUAGCUCUUCAAAACACACGCCUGAUCCUUGGUCGUGUGCUAGAAAACUGUGCGCUUGGGAGGAGGAGAGAUUACAGAAGACUGGUGCCAUUCGUGACCAGCAUCGGAAAUUCAUAGCCUAGCACUUUUUGUUCAUGUUUUAUGGCUGAGCUCAUUCUUCUUGCACAUGUCUAGUUAACAGAAGGCUGGGUUCUGUGUAUAUUGUGUAGUCAUUUUAAUUUAAUUUAUGUAGAUUGUGUAUUUAGAAUGUAUACCUUACCUGCUGCUAAUUCAUACAAAGUUAUGUAUAUUUCUUUUGUUGUUUUUA